AUGUUCUUCCUCAAGCAGCUCUCGCGCGACCUGCUGCUGCACCCGAUGCACUUCGGGCCCAAGCUGCACGAUAUCAUCCGGCUGCGCCUGAUCGAGGAGGUGGAGGGCACGUCCAUGGGCAAGUACGGCUACGUCAUCACGGUCACGGAGGUGCGCGACGAGGACAUCGGCAAGGGCGUGAUCCAGGACAACUCGGGCUUCGUGUGCUUCAACAUCCGCUACCGCGCCAUCCUCUUCCGCCCCUUCAAGAACCAGGUGCUGGACGCCGUCGUGACGGUCGUGAACCAGCUCGGCUUCUUCGCGGACGUGGGCCCGCUGCAGGUCUUCGUGUCGAGGCACGCCAUGCCCACGGACCUCAACAACGGCUACGACCACGAGAGCAACGCCUGGAUCUCGGACGACCGGGAGGUCGAGAUCCGCAAGGGCUGCGGCGUGCGGCUCAAGAUCAUGGGCGUCAGCGUCGACGUCACCGAGAUCGUAAGGCUGUCCGUGGUUGGAAAUGGUUGA